GAAAAGAAGUAGACAGCUUCUGCUCCGAUAGCCUAGCGCGCCAUCUUGAAUUGGAAAGGGGAUUUAAACCGAAAAACAGGACAAGGAGGACUUGUAGGAGUUACACCGCUACGUGUGUCUGCGUAUCGAGUCCUCACGGAACAGAUCUAGUCAUGGCUGUGGGCGUUUGGUAACACAGAGUGAAGGCGCAUACGUGAGGAAAUCAGCACUUGUUAGCCUUUACCCGGCUAGCGAGGAGGAGGGGCGAAGGGUUUGGGUGAUUUUUUUUUUUUUUUUUUUUCUCCCGCAGCCGAAGUUGUUUGUUUAUGUUAUUCCAGGCAGACAUGUCCUCUUCAAACCCAGAGUUACCAGACCCAAAUCUGGGUAUGGGGGCAAGUGGGGCCCAAGGAAGUGGUGGGGCUGUUGUACCAAAGGGGACCAACAAAAGAAGAGCUGCGCCUGACUUUGAUGAUGAUGAUGAUGAUGAAGGAAACAAGUUGUUCAGGUGUGAUGAUGAAACAGGAGGUGGCAAUGACAAAGAGCGCUUUGCCAGGCUUUUGGAAGAAGAUCAGAGUUUUGCAGAUAAGGAAAAACAAGCCAGGGAGAACCACAGUGAGAUUGAGAGGCGAAGGCGGAACAAGAUGACGGCCUACAUCACAGAAUUGUCAGACAUGGUGCCCACCUGCAGUGCACUAGCAAGGAAGCCAGACAAACUAACUAUCCUGCGAAUGGCCGUGUCCCAUAUGAAAUCUCUAAGGGGAAGUGGAAAUACCAACUCGGAUGGGUCGUACAAACCUUCCUUUCUCACUGACCAGGAACUGAAGCACCUCAUCCUGGAGGCAGCCGACGGCUUCCUGUUCGUGGUGUCAUGCGAGACUGGCCGCAUUGUUUACGUCUCUGACUCGCUGACACCUGUCCUCAACCAGGCACAGUCUGAAUGGCUUGGCUCCUCCCUGUAUGACCAGCUCCAUCCGGAUGACACAGAAAAGCUCAGAGAGCAGCUUUCUACUGCCGAGAAUAACAAUACAGGGAGGAUGUUGGACUUGAAGACAGGAACAGUGAAGAAAGAAGGCCAGCAGUCGUCAUCCAGAAUGACUAUGGGAGCCCGUCGAUCAUUCAUAUGCAGAAUGAGGUGUGGCUCUUGUCCUGUGGAACCGAUGUCCAUGAACAGACUGAACUUCCUUAGGAAUAGAAACAGGAAUGGUUUGGGUACAGCCAAGGAAGGAGAACCCCAGUAUGUAGUGGUCCACUGUACAGGAUACAUCAAGUCCUGGCCCCCUUCAGGAGUAUCAUUAACAGACGAUGAAUCAGACAACACUCAGGGGAGUCGCUACUGUCUGGUUGCAAUCGGGAGAUUACAGGUUACUUGUUGCCCAGGUGAGACCGACAUCAACAGUAUUAGUGUUCCAGUGGAGUUCAUCUCACGCCAUAACUGUCAGGGCAUGUUCACCUUCGUAGACCACCGCUGCAUGGCAGCUGUCGCCUACCAGCCACAGGAAUUAUUGGGGAAGAAUAUUCUCGAGUUUGCCCACCCUGAAGACCAGGGCUUACUGAGAGACAGCUUCCAACAGGUGGUGAAGCUGAAGGGCCAGGUCCUGUCAGUGAUGUUCCGGUUUCGCUCCAAAUCGAGAGAGUGGAUCUGGAUGAGAACCAGCUCCUUCACCUUCCAGAACCCGUUUUCAGAGGAGAUUGAGUAUAUAAUCUGCACCAAUGUCAAUGUCAAAAACUCAACUCAGGACCCCCUCACACCCAUCUCCUCCCCAGUCGGCUUGCUGCCCCCCUCUCUGGGUCAGAGCAGCCCAAACUGCCCUCCUGUAAUGCUCAGCCCUGGGCAGGUGGCCACCAGGCAGCUACAGCAGCAGCAGGCCGAGCUAGAGGGAGGUGGGGCCAGAGACGGACUGUAUGAGGCAGGACCAAUCGCCCUCUCACAGAUGCCGGUGCAGCCAGUGACAGCAGCAGGGCCGGACCUCAGCAAGAGCCUUGAGAAGCCAGAGCUCUACCCCUCCCUUUUCCAAGGCCCAGAUCAGACCAAGGGCCUGCCCUCCACCUCCACUCCCACCACACAGAUCUAUCCUCCAGCCAAUAGCUUCGCUGCUGGUCGUUCCAAUGAUGCAUACAGGCCCCUCAACAUGACUCCACAGAUGGCACAACCCUCCCACUCAGCAGGGCAGAUGCUGGCUCAGAUUUCUCGUCAGAAUGGAGCCCCACAGUCAGUUACCCCCUCCAGCACUGGCAGCCCCCUUCAUGGAGGACCAGCAGGAGGAUGGCCUGUAGCUGCAGCUGGAGUCAGACCACAAUUUAAUAACCAGCAGGUGGCUCCCCAGGCUGCAAAGACCAUGUCUCCACAGUUUGCUCCCAUAGUAGGAUUUGGCGGUGGCUCUUCCAACUCUUUUAGCCAUAUGCCGACAGGUGCCGCUCCCACCCAAACCAACAACGCAAACUACCCGCCCAUUAAUGCACAUGCAAAUCUCAACACCAAUGGUUAUGAUGGCUCUCGGUCUGGGCCGCAGUUCCCCUCUCAGGCAGUAGAGGCAGUGUGGCCCCAGUGGCAAGGCCAGCAGCACUCGCAGAGUAAUGCAGAGCAGCAUCCUCGCGCUCAGGGCAACCAGCAAGACAUGUUUCCUGAUGUGUUGUCUAUGCUGGACCAGCCUGCCAACUUCAACGGCGACGACUUUGAGAUUCCCCUGUACUCCUCGUUUGACCAGUGACCUGGUCCACCCCUUUUGUGUUCUUGAGUGUUUUUGCCCUCACUCUUCCUUAUAUUAUAUAGCUUUUCUGCUCCUCUUUUCUUCCUGAUCUUGAGAGUAGCACUCUUUCCUUGCUAUGCAUGGCUUAAAUUGCACUGCCACAAGCCAGUUAAAGAAGGAGGGAUAUAUCUGACUGCAGAUAUAACGGGAGGAAAAUCAAGGAUUUGCUACUGACUAAAAGACAAUUAUUUUAUCAAUAUUACAAUCAUUCUCUAGCUAGCACUUCCCAAAGCUCAACAACCUAUGUUGUAGAUAUGUGAUAUAUAUAAAUAUAUAUAAAAAGCGCACAAUCACCCAACCACACUUGAAUAGAGUAAACAAAACUCAAACUCUGGUAAACAUACACAGGAAAUAAAAGCACACACACACACACACACACACACACACACACACACACACACACACACACACACACACACAAACAAACAACGGCCUUUUAUUCUGAAAUGUUCCUAAUUUUUCUCAGGCAUUGAUGAAGAGUGUAUUUUGCUGUUUUAGCCUUUUAGCAUGUAGACUAAUCACUUCCAUCGUUGAUUUAAACUCUCAGGAAUUUGCAGGUAUAUACAGCUUUGGUGAUUCUGUUUUGUUGUAAUUCUCAGCUGUUGCAUGCAAACCACCACCACGGUCUGUGCUAACCUCGCUCACAGUUUUAAAUCCACAGCAUGUCUCUGCAUGUCAGCACCACUUUCAUGGAGCACUUCUACAAUGUGUAGAUUUGUACUGAAUACAGUUUGGUGGCUUCACCUAUAAAUUUUAUUAUUUUGUGUAUCCUCUUGAGGAGUUUUUUUCCUCAUUGAAUGAUGUCCUCCAACAGACAAACAGUGUUAACAAUGGCUACAUACUGUUUGUCUAGGUGCCCAUUGGAAAUGUGUACAAUCGAUUUUUCUUUGCCUACAUACCUUAUAUACAGUAUGCAUGUGUGUAUGUAAAAUGGAUGCGUACAGUGUCAUUAUCAACUGUAACACAGUCCUAGGGUUUCUGACUUGCUUGAUAAUCUUCUUUCUGUCGCCCUGCAUUACCCUGUACCAAGUAUGGGCUUUUUGUACUCCUUUUUGUAAAAUAAUAUUAAGAGAAGAAAUCACACAGCAAUAAUUAACAAGCAGGAAUUGUGUACUUUUAAAGCCAUUCUUUAUUUGUUGUCAAAUGUUCCCCUUGAUUUAAUGUUAUUUUAAAAUGGAGAGAUAUGGUAGUUAUGUUUGAUUAUUGUUAUUUUGGAUCUUUUGAUUUCUCUAUCACCCUAUUCUGAUUGGUAUUUAAUUAAUGGUUUGAUCAGGGUAUUCAGGAUUAAAAUGGAAUACACUGAGCUGAAAACAAUAUGAUCUAUUAGUGAUAAUGCCCUAAAAGUAUUUUGUCUCCUUUGUGGCUAACGUCGAUAUUUGCCAAUAAGGUCAAAUUAUAUGUGACAUACAAUCAUUUUUUGGUGAAUUUGUAUAAAAAUGUUGUGGGAUAAAUUUGACCCUUUUUUGUUACAGUUUUCCAUCGUCUGUGUGAAACACUUGCACACCUAUUACAAAUUAUGUAAUUGUAUGUAAACCAAUGUUGAUAAUUGUCCAUUUUUAAUCUUCAACAGGAUGGUAUGUUGGUGACUGUGUUGUCUUUGUUAUUGGUUGCUCUGUAUCCAGGUUUUCUUUUUCAAUGAUGUGAACUUUUAUCACUCAUAGAAAAACAAAUAUAAUUAUACUGUACAUGAAAUGUUAAACGAGAGAAAGAAGUGUUUGUUUUUUGUAUUAAAUUGUUGAAAGCGAAGAAAUUGGACAGCAAAUGCUUCUUAUCAGCUGUGGUAGGUCAUAGCCGGGUUAGUCCACACACAGUAUCAUUUAAUCCUUGAUUACAAAGUCAAAUGUAUUUCCUGUGUUGCUCGUGAUAGCUGUUCUAGCAGUCUACUCUACUGAUCACACUCAUGCAAUAGUCAAGGCUGUUUUCAGUGACAUCCAUGCAUGUAUUCGCUUUCUUUAAACAGUUUUAAGUUCUUAAUUGGUGCAGAAACAAAAGCCAACUUUUCUUUGAUUGGGCUGUAUCUGUUUUCUUUCUCCAUUGUAUAUCAGUGAAGACUCAAGACAUCUGUGGGUAUCUACUGGGAUCAGUUUCCACCUUCGUCCUGUCCUCUCUUUCACAGCCCGGGGGUGAAAACAGGUGGCAUUCAUUUCUUGU